AACGGCUGGAGUAAUGGGCAAAAAGAUACAGUCAGCAUUUUCGAGUUUCCAAACUUCCAAAAGAUCAAGUCCAUCUCAGAGUCCAUAGACUCCGACUCGCCGACUCAGUGGUGGUGGUGGUUCACCGUUCACUCCCUUACCCCCUGUCUCUCUAUUUCCGGCGAGCUUUGUUCUCUCCGAAACCUCUCUCCUUCCGCGAAAGAUCGGAGUCCGAUUCAAACAUUUCCUUCCUGAAAUGAGUAUCGUCGGAUCUUGUAACUCACUCGCAGCGAUUCGCUCAUAGCUCGACCUCCAUGGCCAUCAGAGGCGUCGAUUUCAAGUGGUACGAUGGAUUCUUCUUGUCCAUGCUCGCGACCAGUGUAGUAAUUGUUGCGAUUAAUUGGAAGCGGUACCAUACUUGUACAUAUCCGUUGCAUAUAUGGAUUGUGGUUGAUUACACUACAGUGUUUGUAUUUCGCUUGUUGAUGUUUGUUGAUAAUGGGCUGGCAGCUGGAAUGGGUUUGGAUUUUGGGUGGCAGCAAAGAUAUGCUCGUUUCUGUGGGAGAGUAGUGGUUCUUUCAAUUCUUUCUCUGCUACUCUAUCCAUUUCUUUGGGCUUGGACGGUCAUUGGGACUCUGUGGUUUAGAAGCUCGAAGGACUGUUUGCCUGAAGAUGGACAGAAAUGGGGUUUUCUUAUUUGGUUGCUUUUUAGUUACUGUGCACUACUUUGCAUUUCGUGCAUGUCACUUGGGAAGUGGUUGACACGAAGACAGGCACACUUAGUGCGUGCUCAACAAGGGAUUCCUGUAUCAGAGUAUGGGGUUUUGGUUGAUAUGAUCCGGGUGCCAGAUUGGGCAUUUGAAGCUGCAGGUCAAGAGGCAAGAGGAAUGGGUCAAGAAGCGGCAUACCAACCUGGACUUUACUUGACAACAGCACAGAGAGAAGCAGUGGAGGCACUCAUUCAGGAGCUUCCAAAGUUCAGGUUGAAGGCUGUUCCAACUGAUUGCAGUGAAUGUCCAAUCUGCUUAGAAGAGUUCUAUGAAGGCAAUGAGGUUCGCGGCUUACCUUGCGCUCACAAUUUCCAUGUAGAAUGCAUCGAUGAGUGGCUUCGAUUGAAUGUGAAAUGUCCUCGGUGCCGUUGCUCAGUCUUUCCGAAUCUCGACCUCAGUGCUAUUUCCACUCUCCGAGCUGAGUCUGAACGGUCAUCUGUCAUGUUGACUGCCAACCGGUAUGUGAGAACCCAACCAUCAAGUCAGAGCUAUAUGCUGAGAUUGCAGGGUUUGCUCCACCCAGUCCAUACAGAAACUGCAAGCAAUGGGGCGGACACUGCUUUGGAAACUGCCGAGAAUGGGGGUGUUGCCAUGUCUAGCCGGGAUCCAUUAAGCCCAGGGCAGGUCCCUUCUGUUGGACAUGUUAAUAGUUGUUGAGUCCACCUCCACUCCACAACAGCAAUAAUAGAGUGUUCAUGUAACUGCGGUUUCUAACCCUCAUGCCAAGGAAGGCUUAUUGGUGUUAUUAAUCUGUACCAGGCCAUCAUUGCUUGGCAUUCUUUUGCAAUACCUGUAGUAAAAAGCUUUUGCCACGGUUUUCUUUGUAAUGAUAUACGGAUUCAUGGUUAACAAAUGCAGAUUAGAUACUCAACUCAACCAAAGC